CAGCAGUGCUCAAAUCAGUCAGUACUCCUCCAUUUCCCAACUACGUAGCCAUAAUCCUAGUCUCUCCCCAACAUAAAUAGCCCUCCCCCCCAUCACUCCCAUUCCCAUUCUCAGUUCCUCUUCUUCUCUUCUCUCUCCCUCUCUCUUCUUUCUCUCAGUGUGAUUCUGUCAAACAAACAAAACCAAAGAAAAAAUGCUAGGAAAAAGUCUCCACCUCUGUUUCACCAAGAAACUAAAAAGAACAACAUCCAUUGAUUCAUCAUCAUCACCGAUCACAGUAACAGAUCAUCAUCAUCAUCAUCAUAAGCAUAAACAAGAUCAUUCAUCAUCAACAACAUCAAUUUUAUUCAAAAACUUCAACUCACUCUAUGAUUUAACACCAGAUCAUCAUCAUUCAACAACAAAUACUACAAUAUCAAAAUCCAAUUCAAGUACUACUGACGAUUAUUUCUCUUCUUCGGAUUCAGAUGAAUAUCAUUACAACAACAACAACAAUGAGAAAGAAAUGAUAUCAUCGACCACAGUAGCUCCAGAUUUUUCCAAAGUUCUUGCAUCACAACGUUUCUUUUUCUCUUCACCUGGUCGAACAAAUUCAAUCAUUGAAUCAUCAUUGCCUGACGAUGAUCAUGAACAUCACGAUGAUGAAUCUUUAUCACCAUCAUUAUUAUCAUCAUCUUCAUUAUCCGAUGGUGCCUCAUUGAUUAAAGGUGGAAUACCUUUUAAAACAUGCUCAUCAGAUCCUUAUAUGGAUUUCAGAAGAUCUAUGCAAGAAAUGGUUGAAUCAAGAGAUUUAUUUGAUGUAACAGAGAACUGGGAUUAUCUACAUCAACUACUUUCUUGUUAUUUAACCUUAAACCCCAAGCAUACUCAUAAGUUCAUUAUUGGAGCUUUUGCUGAUCUACUAGUUACACUUAUGUCUUCUGCUUCAUCCUCUUGUCCGAUGAAAUCUGACCGGAAUUCUGAUGUUUCUGAUCAAUGUGAUUCUAUUUCACGGCAAUCUGUUUAAUAUAAUUUGUCCCAUGUAGCUUUUUCCAUUUCGAGGGGAGAAUUUUUGUUGUUGUUUAUUUGUAACCACCGGGGUCUGUUUGUUUGUAUAUAGUAGUAGUUAUUUCAUUAUUACCAGUCCUUUUAACUUUUUGUUCUUUUCUCUA